AUGACAAACUUCAACAUGAACACAAUGACUGCAUAUUCUCAUCUACUCGGAUCAUCAACCAAAAUUCCAAUGCUGAUUCCAGAAUACUACGAUCAGUGGGCUGAUCAUACGGAAGACUACUUGAAUGGCCUGGAUGAAGAGUUGUGGAAUUGCAUCAAUGGAACAGUUCAACCUCCAUUGAAUGUUCAAAACAUAGGUUCAUCUGGAACUACUUCUGCUGUUGGAGAGCAACAAACAAGACUGAAGAAUAACGAAAAGCGUUGCAUGAGAGAGUUGAGAGGUGCUUUGCCACCUGUUGCUUACAACUACAUUCGUUGUUGUAAAACUGCUAAGGAGAUCUGGAAUAUUCUUAAGGAAAAGUAUAAAGGAAGUGAGAACAAUAAGAUCAAUUCUGUUAAGCAGUGUUUGGUUGAGUUGAAGGAGUUCAGACAAAAGGAAACUGAAACAAUUGAAGUUUACUACGAUUGUCUGAAUGAGUUGAUCUACAAAUGCAAUCGCUAUGGAAUCACAAGGUCCUUAAUGGAGUAUAAUCUUACUUUUGUUAUGGGACUUAGGAAGGAAUGGAGGAGUCUGAAGACACACGAAAGUGAAGUUUUUGAAAUAACGAAAGAAGCGAAACAGAGUUUAGGCGGAUCACUGGCUCUGGUUUUGAAAGUGUCUGAGAUAGAAUCUGCUGAAAAGGAGAAUUCAGAUGAAGAAAGUUUUAUCAUGAAUUCAGGUGAUGAAGUUGUAGCUUUUUACUCGAAUAAUCAAGUUAAAAAGUUUUUCAAAAAGCCUUUUAAUCCUAAGGGAAAGCAGAGUGAGGUGAAAGGAAAUUUUACCAAGUCUGGUGUAGAAGAGAAAAAGAAAUUUGAAAAGUCUGAGAAGAAUGAUGACAAGGUGAAAGAGUUUAAGGCAGAAAAGAAAUUGAAAGGGGAUUCUGGUGUAGAUUGCCAUUACUGCAAUGGUGUGAAUCACUUUGCAAUUGAUUGUAUGCUUCAAAAGAAAGAUGAAAAGACGAAUAGAGUGAAGGACGAAGCAUAUUAUGCUGAAAAGCUGGAGGAAGUUUGUGUGAAAGCCAAAGGAUUGUCCCUUGUGGCAAGAGGAGAGGAUGAAGAUGAAGAAAGUGGCACUUAUCAGAUUUAG